GAUACCCGGGUUUAAAAAAAAAUCGUUAACAAGUUGAUAAGCGAAACUAGCUAAACGAUUUUUCUAAAAGUAAAAUGUUUGGCCUUAUUGUAGCACAGAUGUGCAUUUCCGGUUGUGAUCGUUUAUAAGGAAAUCUCAGUGCAGCCAGGACAAAGUUGGAUCAUGUCAAAAUUCAACUUCUCUUUCAGAAGAAGCGAGAGAAAGGCAUUCAAGAACAUAGCUCAUGGCUUAAUCCCUGCUGCCACCAUUGCUCCCAAGCCUGCCGUUCCCCGCACUCCUCCCCCUCGUAGUCCCAAUUCCUCGCCAGAGAGACCCAGGUCUGCUCUUGCGGCUGCCAUACUGACGUCCUCCUUAACAGGACGAACCUUUGCCAUCCCUCCACCUCGAACCAGGUCCUAUUCUGAAAGCGAGUGCUCACACGCGAGCAGCCACACCGGCUUUGAGCCUUAUGCCAGCACAGCACUUUAUACCAGGGAUCGAUGGCCGGAUUCAGUGGCAGGUCGACCUCGUCUGCCGUCUCCACGACCUAGUGAUGAAGAAGAAGAAGAUGAUGAGGAUGAUGAGGAUGGUGAUAUGGCAGAAGAUGCAGAGGGAAUGAUAGAAGCAGAUGUGCCGAGAGAAGAAAGUCCUGUUUACCAGUCUAUAGAGAGACAGAGCAGAGCUCCACUGCCUCACAAGAAGGCAUCUUUUCACUUUAAACUGGAUGAUGACACUGACAACUCGACCUUUGAAGUCGUUUCUCCCUUAAACACUGAAGAUGAAACAGAGGACGAAGGAACAAACAUAAAGAAGCCCCCUUUGGCACUACGGACAAAGUCUCCAUCACAUAGAAGCAUGACAUCUCCAGAUGUGAAUGAAGAACUGUGCACUCAGUCUCAGUUCAGCAGCCCUCUGAAGAGAAAGACCUCAGCAGUGAGUAAGAGUCCAGCAAGAGAGACUGAGAGAGAGAAAAUAGAGAUGAAUGAGUCAUAUCAGUAUGCGGCAGAGUUUCAGCAGGAGUUGUUGAAAGAGCUGAGAGAGCUUCGGGAACGAAAUCACACUCUGACUGCACAGAAAGAUGCGCUGGAGAGGACAUGCUCAGAAAAGGACCAGCAGAUCCAGCAGAUACAACAGCAACAAUUACACUCAUCCAGAGAGAGAAGACACUCCACUGGCGAGAGCCCUGAAUUGCUGAGUUUGAGGCAGCAGGCGCAGGAGCUGGUGGAUGAAAACGACGGAUUGAAGAUGACAGUGCAUCGGCUAAAUGUGGAGCUGAGCCGAUAUCAAGCCCGAUUUAGACCACUCACCAGAGAUGAGCGUCCUCGUAACAGUGGCCUACCGGGGAAAGGACCUGUUCCUCCGUGGCUGCUGGAUAUGAAAUAUUUAUCCCCACUCUUACUGGCUUAUGAGGACCAGCUGAACGAGAGAGACCAGCUCCUCCAGUCAUCUGAGGAGGAAUUAAAGACGUUGAGAAUGCGCACAGAGGAAGUGAUUCAGGAGAAUGAGAAGCUUCAUACAGAGCUCAGCAAGAGGAGCAGUGUCGGUAAUAAAGAGUGGAAACAGUUGCAGGAUCAGGCAAAGCUGGUGUUGGAGGAGAAUCAGGUGCUCAUUGAACAGCUGGAACUCCAGCAUGAUAAAACCAAGGAGACAAACACCAAACACACACAAGAAGUGUGCAGAGUGACAAAACAGGUCAUGUUGUUGGAGGCUGAGAAGCAGAACCUGGAGACAGAGUUAGAUGCAGCACAUAAAGAGCUCCGUGUGCUGAAUGUGAGGCUUCAGAAAGCUAGUUCAGCCCUGGAGAACUCGGUCAGCAUUAUUGAGCACACCACCACCACAGAUAAACUCAAAUGCUACCUAUCUACCAUUUUGUCCAGGAAGUUGGAAAAAGAAGAGAAGAUAAAGAGUACUGAGGUGGAGGCACUGCAGGAUCGCGUGGCCACGUUGCAGGCUGAGAAAAAGACUUUUGUUUUAGAAAAAAAUGACCUCAAUGCGCACAUCAAACACCUCGAGAGCGAGCUCCAGAUGGCACGCCAAGCAAACAGAAAGGCUCAGAGGCAUAUUGAUCUUCUGAAGCAGCAGAUUGAAGAUUCUUUAGAGAAGGAGCUCGUAGCUCACCGGUACCUCACCAGAAUUGUGAUGCUUGCUGAGAAAACCACGUAUGAGCGAGACCAACUCGUACACAUGGCCUCUUGUCUAGAGAAAGAUAAACAGGGCACCCUUACCCGCAUCCUGGAGGGCACCGUCCGUCUUGGAAAACUUCAGGAAAAGGUCAAGGUGUUUAAGCAGCAGGCAUCCGCGAGUGUGUGUGCGCUGGGUCAACGUUUGCACGAACAGGAGAAGGACUUUGCAGGCAAAGCAGCAAGUUUCCAGCGGGAGAUCCAACACCUGCAGGCUCAGCUCCGCGACCGGCAAGAACAACUCAGCGGAGCUCUGCAGCAAAAGAGAGAGGUGGAGAAUGAACUGGAGGUGGUGUGGGAAGCUGCUGCAAGAGAAAACCAGCAUUUGCAGGACAUUGUGAUGAGCAAAGGCGAUGUCUUGUCGAGCCCUCAUAACUCACGGCUGUCUCUGGCCUGGAUGCCACAGCAUAAUUUUAACAAAGCAUGCCAUCUGAGCAGCACAACAUCUCCUAAAUUUAUCAUGACACCAAAACACAGCAGUGCCAUAGUCACUCAUGACUCUCAACAGCACCACAACCUGUCAUCUGAUGAGAGCGAGAGGAAUGGGUUAGACUUCUACUCCUGAUUGAACACGUGUGCCAGUCAUGUGCCUAAUAACGAAUAGGAAAAUUUAAAAAUACAUUAAGUAACACUAUAGUACACAAGAACUAAACCUGAGUCGAUAUGCUACAGUAUGUGUGCCUAAUCAGGGAUUCUCUUGCAUCUCGGUCUAUUUACCAUUCUCACUUCCUUAUCGUGAGUCCCUGUGAGAAUGAACCAUUCUCACUUCCACUUCCCUGAAGAAUAUUUUGGUGCAUAAUUCAACAACUCUGUUUUUACCAAGAUUAAAAAAAGAAAUUCAGACAUACAGUAGGUGGUGAUCAUUUCUUCUGUGUGACACUAAUAAUACUGUACCCGUCCAAAAAUCCAUUGUUAAGGAAAUUAAAAAUUUAGUUUUAUUAUACUGUUGCAUACUUACAGUAUAAAGAACUUUUUUCUGCACCUUAAUUGUUAAUAGUGAAUUCGCUUUACCAUAAAUAUAAUAAAAGUCCUUCAAUUGGGGGUCUAUAUUUUUGGGCUGAUGUACUGUAGAUAAAACCAAGUUGCCACGUUCCAUCUCUUAAUCUAUUUAAUUCCAUCAAUUCAUUUGUCUUCAGUCAAUGUUUUGAUCUUAUGCACCGAUUCACUCUUGCAUUGAAAUUCAAAUGUCUUUCAUGUGCUGAUUAUCUGGUUUUAAUUAUAAAACAUAAAGUACAUUAAAAUAUGGCCAAAAAAAGGUUAAAAAAAUAAUCCACAGCAGCUCCGUUUUUCCGGGCUGUACACCGAGGGGAGCGUACUUGUGAUUCCUCCGUGGCUGGACCUAUUCUAUUGAGAUAAUACAGAGUGCUGUCCUUGAGAGCGACUAAGACAGGAACUGAUUGUCUGAGAUUCUUCUCAGAUAAGUACUGAGGCCCAGAUUAUUGCAUUAAUGUCGAAUCUUAAUUACUGAUCAUGUUUAAAGAACUUAUAUAAAUUAUAAAUUAAUUGCCUUAAAGCAUUGCCAAAAUAGUUAUCAUUU